GAAAACACAUUCCUGGAGGAAAGGCCCCACUGGGCACAACAGCGCCGGGGCGGUACGGGGCACAAAAUGAGCCGAGCAACCCCGCCUCACGGUGUUUGCCCGCGCCAGGGCUGGAACCAGUCCCACAGCCCAGCGGAGCCUCCCGCGCAGGGCUGGGCCGCCCUGGCCCCGCCUCGGGGCGCUGCCCGUGUCCCGUCCGGCCCUGCCCGCGCUGCCCUGAGGCCUUGCGGGCCGGCGGAGCCCCGGAGCCGGUGAAGCCGGGGCGCCAUGGGCGCAGGCGGGCGCUGGGUGCGGGCGGCACACACGGCCCUCAGCGCGGCACUGCUGCUCGGGCUCCUCCUGCACCGCACGGAUCUGCAAAAGCAAGAGGAGCGCGGGGAGCUGCUUCAGCCGCUGAUCUUCGUUUUGCUGGUUUUAUGCUCGAUCCUGCUGUACUUCAAGGUGUCUCUCAUGGAUCCGGGUUUUGUUAAGCCUGAAGAGGAAGUGAAGGAAGGUGAAGAUAAAGGACAAGGUGUGGUGAUCCCUCUGAUUCCAGGUGACAUUAAGCUGCGGCGCUGUGGUUACUGCCUGGUGAAGCAACCCAUGCGAGCCAAGCACUGCCGGUUGUGUCAGCACUGCGUGCGGCGCUACGACCAUCACUGCCCCUGGCUUGAGAACUGUGUAGGAGAAAGGAAUCACCCCCUCUUCAUAGUCUACCUGAGCGUGCAGCUUGUGGUUCUGCUGUGGGGAGGCCAUGUUGCUUGGUCAGGCCUCUACUUUGAACAAUCCCAGGAGUGGCUGCAGGACAACAUUUUCCUCCUUGUGUCCUUCCUCCUGAUAUUCAUAUUCACCAUUGUGGUCCUGCUGCUGCUUGUUUCCCACCUGUACCUGAUCUCAUGCAACACCACAACCUGGGAGUUCAUGUCACACCACCGCAUCUCCUACCUGCGGCACUCCGAGCUGGAGAACCCCUUUGACCAAGGGAUAAUCCUCAAUCUCUGGGGAUUCUUCUGUUCACACCACAUCACUGCAUGGGAGAACAUCUAUUUUCACAAGAACAGUGAGCCUGUCUAGUCCCAGUGUGCCAACACACCUGGCAGGCUGCUGGGUAAAACCUUGCUAAUGCAAUGGCUGCUGUUUCCUUGCACUGAACUUCAGUGCAUCAUGGACUAUGCAAUCUGCUCCACAACCUAUUCAUCUGCAAAUUACAUUUCAGGGAUAGUCAGGGUUAUUUUUUAUAUAUAAAUAACACUGUUAAAGGCAAGAAUACAGUUCUGGGAAGGGCAAAGCCAGCAGAGCUGACUUCCAGACUGAAGAAAGUAUCUCUCUAAAUUUAUUUCCUUUUGUUAAGUGCAUCCACACCUCUCCAGAAGAAAUGCAAGAUUAGUGUGACUAUUCGUGUUCUCUUCUCAAAGGUCUCCCUCGCCUUUUGCUGCUAGGAAACAGCAGCAAUUACAGAUAAAACCAGCCAGGAUCAGUGUAAUUUCUGUGGCCUUUUUUUCAGCCAGGUUCUGACUGAGAAUUGCAGUGCCUUUUGGCAGUAGCAUCAGGCAUGUAAGAGAAAUAUUUGAGUAAAUAUUUAGAGAAUCAAAAGCAAAUUUUAUUUUGUCCACAUGCCUCAAGUUAAUGCUUUCCAUGAAGACUUAAGGCUUAAUAUUGAUAAUGUGCAUAAGAAAGAGCUGUAAGACAUCAAAUUAAUCUUAUGAGAUAUUUAACCUGUAUUUUGUGAUGCCCUGAGCAGCUUCCUCACAGCUUUUUAAGCUGAUGAUGCUGCUAACAAUUCACUGUUUCGAAUCAAGUCAGUGAAGAAUGAUACCAUCACUUUUCUUUGGACAGAAAAGUACUAAUUGGCUAUUGAGUUAUUUCUGCAGAUAAUGUUGUGCUCAGGCCUUUUUGCUGUAGCUUGGGAGAGAAGCAGGAGCAGAUGUGGGUAUCUCGUGCCUAACUAAAGUAACACUGUUGGUAACACUACUACUACCUCAACUCACUAGUGACAUUUUCAUAAAAUAAUACAAUUUCAGUGCAAGAGAAAAGCUGCCAGGUCCUGAGAUGAAAGAUGCUGACAGCUUUUAGGACAGCAGCAAGAGGAUCUGUUUUCCAUUGAAAUAAAAGGUCACACUUCAGAUUUCCAUGGGGAACUAAAAGGAAGUUUGGGAUGACCGAUCUUAACUUUAAAACAAAAAAGGCUGUGGUGUGAAUUCUAGUCCUGACCCUUUUCUGUUUAAACAAAAACAAACAAAACAAGAAAAACCACCACAACAAAAUGUUAGUUAAAAUUAUCUUGUGCCUUAAUUGUCUUGGCUCAGGAAUUAACACUAACUCAGAAGCACUCAGGGUUUAAAGCUGAUGAACACUCAUGAAAAGAUAGUGUAGUUACUAACACAGCAUGACAUACCAAACACAAUUUAAAUGCAGCAAAAGAUCCCUUUUUUAACUAGCUCUAGAGUUUGUAAUCUGUGCACAGUCUGUUUUGUUCAGAGUAGAAGCUUUAUCAGAAGGAUAUCAGAAUGCUAAGGAUUGUUUUUGUAAAGCUGCUACACCAUUCAGAAGUAUUCUGCAGUUUCCUUGUGUUGCUGUGGUACCUGCUAAAGUGUGGAUCAUCUGUCACACUGCAAUUCCUGGUUCUUCAGGUCAGGUGAAAGUUUAUCAGCAGGUACAACAGCUCAAAAGAGUUUUGCUCUGUCUGGUAUUUCUUUAAAAUACACCUGGGUGUUAAUUUACCAUUUUUUUUACUCAACCAUAAAGAUUAAAUAUGCAUUUUU